AUGAAAAUGUAUGUUACUCCCGUGUGUAGUGUAGAACAUGUAUCUCGGUCAAACCGUGGCCAUAAAAGUCAACACCAUCACGAGAUGAAUAUCAAGUAUCUGCUGGUUGUUAUAUGUCUCUGGAUUUGGUCUCAAUCUUUGGUGUUUACAAUUUCUGAUGAUGGGUUGAUGAGAAUUACUCUAAAAAGGAGAAAUUUGGACUUUGAAAGUCUUAAUUCUGCAAGAAUCAAAGAGGCAAUUCAUCUCAAAGAUUUUAAGAGUUUUGAUAAAAAUGGUUCUGAAAAAGAGGUUGUUGUGUAUGUUAAGAAUUACUUUGAUGUACAAUAUUUUGGUGAAAUUGGUAUUGGUACACCACCUCAGUACUUCAAUGUUGUUUUUGACACUGGUAGCUCCAAUCUUUGGAUUCCAUCUUCCAAAUGCAUUUUCUCAAUUGCUUGCUAUUUUCAUUCCAAAUAUAGCUCAAAGAUAUCUAGCACAUAUAAAGAAAUUGGAGUACCUUGUGAAAUUCCUUAUGAUCAAGGAUACAUUUAUGGAUUCUUCAGUCAAGACAAUGUAAAACUUGGGGAUAUUAUUAUCAAAGAUCAAGAAUUUUCUGAGAUUACAAGAGAAGGAAAUUUCGCACUUUUAGCUCUUCCAUUUGAUGGUAUACUUGGACUUGGAUUCCAGGACAUUUCAGUUGGAAGAGUCACACCAGUGUGGUAUAAUAUGAUAGAACAAGGACAGGUAUUGGACAAAGUUUUCUCUUUUUGGCUAAACAAGGAUCCAUUGGCACAAAUUGGGGGUGAGAUUGUGUUUGGUGGUAUGGACAAGAGGCAUUUUAAAGGUGACCACACUUACUUUCCAAUAUCUCAAAAGGGUUAUUGGCAGAUUGAAGUGGGAGAUAUACUACUUGCAAAUAAUACAACAGGUUUCUGUAAGGGUGGAUGUGCUGCAAUAGUGGACUCAGGAACAUCUUUAAUCGCCGGUCCAACUGGUGUUGUGACUCAAAUUAACCAUGCCAUUGGAACAGAAGGAUAUGUUAGUUUUGAGUGUAAAAACAUUGUCCAUAACUACGGAAAUUCGAUAUGGGAAUCCUUGAUUUCAGGAUUAAAUCCUGAUAUCUUGUGUGCGGACAUUGGACUUUGUUCAAAUAACGAAUUUCAAAGAUCGAACGAUGUUAUUGAAACAGUGGUGCAUAAUGAAACUCGCGAUGGAUCGCAAACAAAGGAGAGCCCCUUUUGUAGUUUUUGCAAUAUGAUUGUCCUUUGGAUUCAAGUUCAGAUUACGCAAAGCAACGUAAAGGAAAAAGUGUUAAAACACGUGGACGAGCUGUGCGAGAGGCUCCCGAAUCCGGUUGGACAAUCAUUUAUAAACUGCAGCAGUGUCUCUGAUAUGCCAAAUAUUACAUUCACAAUUGGAAGCAAAUUGUUUCAUCUCUCUCCAGAACAGUAUAUUCUUAAAGUUAAUGAUGAUAAAGAUUGUUCUCCUGUGUGCUAUAGUGGUUUUGUUGCUCUAGAUGUGCCUUCCCCACAGGGUCCCCUCUGGGUUUUUGGAGACAUUUUCUUGCAGGCAUAUCACACAGUGUUUGACUAUGUAUGGUGUGAGCGAAGUUUGUUGGCAUUUGCGCGCAUGACAUCUUAG